UUGAGGGGUGUCGGUGGGAGGUUUGGGUGCUGGCAGAGCUGGGGUAGGGAUGGCCGCAGGGGUGUGCUGGAGCUUUGACCAAUCCUGGAACUCCUACAUCUCCAUCAGCGCUCCUGGAUUUCGUUUGCUCCCAUCACCAGCAUGGAGCUUAUAACAAUCAAAGAGCAUUUGAAAGUCCAGAAGAUGAAGAAGAAGGUACUGAGAAAGCAAGUCAGAGCUCAGCACACAUUGAUGAGACAUGAGGGCAUUGAGUGCUCCUCCCAUGCCACACAGAGCCUGGUUAUUGCCAAUGCUGGUCUUGGUAAUGGGAUGAAUAGACACCAACUGCUUAGGAUAGUAGAAGAGUAUGGAUUGGUGGAAACAGUCUUAAUGCCACCAAGUAAGCCAUAUUCAUUUGUGAAAUAUGGGACAAUAGAAGAAGCAAAGAAAGCUUUUGAUGCUCUUAAUGGGAAAGAAGUAACACUGGAAGACUGCGGCCAAAAUAUUGUUCUAUAUAUUAAUUUUGUGGAAAAAGUUUUCUGGAAGAAUGCUGUUCCUACAAGCUUGCCUCCAGGCCUAAUGGUCAUUGAAAAGAUUAUUUCUCCAGAGGAAGAAAGGAGAAUAUUGGAAAGUAUUGACUGGAUAGGAGGUGAAGAUACUCAAAAUGCCCAGAAGACUUUAAAACAUAGAAGAGUAAAACAUUUUGGCUAUGAGUUUCACUAUGAUAACAACAAUGUCGAUAAAGACAAACCUUUACCUGGAGGUCUUCCUGAAAUUUGUGACCCAUUCUUGGAGAAAUGCUUGAAGCAGGGGUAUAUCAAACAUAAACCUGAUCAACUAACUGUAAAUCAGUAUGAACCUGGACAAGGAAUUCCUCCUCAUAUUGAUACACAUUCUGCUUUUGAGGAUGAAAUAAUCUCUCUCAGUUUAGGAGCUGAGAUUGUGAUGGAUUUCAAACACCCUGAUGGCCGUACAGUGGCAAUUAUGCUGCCCCGAUGCAGUUUAUUGGUGAUGGCUGGAGAAUCCAGAUACUUGUGGACACAUGGGAUUACACCUCGAAAAUAUGAUGUCAUUCAAGCAUCUGAGCUUGGGCAGAAAGUUGGAACAAUCACUGCUAAUGCUGGAGAUUUAACACUGAAUCGAAGAGAAACAAGGACAUCAUUUACAUUCAGGAAAGUGAGGAGAAGCCCUUGCAAUUGCAUUUACCCAUCUGUUUGUGACAGCCAGAAAGGACCACAAAGCCGGGUACAACCUUCAUUUCCUCACAAUGAGAUGCAGGCCUCUAAGCUGGAGCAAGAAUAUGUACACAAGGUGUAUGAAGAGAUAGCCACACACUUCAGCAGUACUAGGCAUAGCCCAUGGCCCCGAAUUGUGGAGUUUCUCAGGUCCCUACCAAAAGGCUCAAUAGUGGCUGAUGUUGGUUGUGGCAAUGGGAAGUAUCUAGGCAUCAAUGAGGACUUAUACAUGGUUGGCUGUGACCGCAGCAAAAACCUGGUGGAUAUUUGUGGAGAGAAAAAUCUGGAGGCUUUUGUCUGCGAUGCGCUGUCAGUGCCAAUGCGCAGUGGUUCUUGUGAUGCCUGCAUCUCGAUUGCUGUAAUCCACCAUUUCUCAACAGUGGAGAGGAGACUGGCUACUAUCCGUGAACUAGCCCGGCUUCUGAGACCUGGUGGAACAGCACUCAUUUAUGUCUGGGCAAUGGAACAAGAAUACAAAAACCAGAAGUCUAAAUACCUUAAGGAAAAGAAUGGUAGUAAAGACAAAGAGGAGGAAAUUAACACUGGCACGGCCCAGAGACCACUCAGUGAUCAGCUCUCUGACAGCAGCAGUCAAGACUCAGUGUGUUCUGACCGACUCCUUAGUGAUCCAAAGGACAAAGGCUGGGAUGCAAAGCCCAUAGCAGACUCCACACUGCCCAUUCACACUAAUCGAACCUCCUUUCACUCUCAGGAUUUGCUGGUUCCCUGGCACCUGAAAGGUGGCUCAAAAAAGAAAGGGGAAAGCAUGGAUACAGGGUUGUUUCCAGUUGGCUGCAAGGAAUCACAAGAACUCAGCCCUGUUUUCCACCGCUAUUACCAUGUGUUCUGUGAAGGGGAACUGGAAGCAGUGUGCAGAUCCCUGGAUUGUGUGAGGGUUCAAAGGAGUUACUAUGAUCAGGGAAACUGGUGUGUGGUUCUAGAAAAGUUGUAGCUUGUGGUGUUUCUUCCACUCUAUGUGGUGUUUUGUUCGGUUUUUACCAUGCGAAGGGUAUUUUUAAUGCAGGCUGCCUCUUUUAAAAUAGCAGAAUAAAGAUUGUUUAUUGACUUAAUAACA